ACGGCAUAUGGCUCAAUCUCUCAAGUGGUUGAUUUUACAAUUUUGAGAUGUGAUAUUGAAAGCAAUCGUACACGACAGAUGAGAAAAAACUGUUCCUUCUGAAUAUAACAAUUUAUCCUACGCUUCCGUCACUUCCCAACGGAUUGGAGAGACGUCUGCCUCACAACUUACAAUUUAGACAAUCCCAAAUACAAACCCACAUUGCAAAAUAAUGUACAAUGAGUUAAUUGGUUAGUAGCAAAAGACGGUGACGUAUAGCCACUAUGUUAACAUCCGUUGUGUGAAUGAGGAACAAAAUUAAAUCUGGCCAAAGGCCUCGCGCGCGGGUCAGUGCAUUCGAGAGGUGUAUAUCUUCGGCACCGAUUGCUCCGUUCACCAGUGUAGCGUUUUGUCGAUCGUCUACAGUCCUCAGUUGAACAUGUCGCUUAUAGGAGCUUAUCCCUGUAUCAAUAUUUCAGCUCCGACUGAGUUGAGCUUUGUGUCUGCAUCUAUCUGUAUGCUACUGUCUAUUUCUGCAAUAGCUGGGAAUCUAUUGGUUGUUUUGGCAGUGGUGAUUGAUCCUAACAAAAACCUUCAAUCUCCAUUUAACUUCCUUGUCGCCAAUCUAGCACUGGCAGAUUUUAUGGUCGGAAUAAUCGUCGAGCCAAUGUCCGUGGAUUUCUACAUUCGGGAAGGUUUCGGGAUUCCCGAGAGUGAUGUUAAAAGAAACACUCGAAGAAUUUGUUAUUUUAUUUCGUGUACUGCUUCACUUCUCAGUUUGGCUUUUAUGACAGCUGAUCGCUACCUGGCCAUUACUCACCCGAUGAAAUAUCGAGCAAAAUUGAACCCGAAACGAACUGCACUUGGUUCUCUUUGUUUAUGGGUGUUCUCGUUUUCAUUUCCAAUCCUUUAUAUCGAAGUUGGAUACCUCAAGUAUCAAUUCGUCUUCGCCAAUACUGCAGUUAUUUCAGCAUUCACUGUACUUGUUUUCACUUAUGUGAAAGUUUUCAAAAGCUUCAAAGCCCAAAUAAAAAACUGGGAUGAUUUCCACGACACCUCCAAGGAAAAUCAAGCGAAAAAGCGAACUAUUACCUUCGAAAAGAAAGUCACAACAGCGUUUCUUGUGAUGUUGUGGGUAUUCAUGGCUAGCUUCCUACCUUCUCUAGCCCUCAUCUAUAUAAUCAGCUUCUGUGGUGAAUGCAGCUGCUAUUUCAUCCACUGGGCCAGGGAUUUUAACUAUUAUCUCGCCAUGGCAAACUCUAGUGUUACCCCAUAUGUUUUUGCCUGGAGACUUAAAACAUACAGACGUGCAUUCUACAAGAUUUUCAAGAUUAUGUCGUGUAGGUGGCCUAGAGCGAAGGCAAGGCCUAGAUCAUUUUCAGUAAACCUUAGCUGCCAGCUUAAAGAAAUGAGACUGGAAAAUGGAUCCACAUUGACAAUUAAAACUAGAAUUUGAUAAAGUAAUGACAAACCUCAAAACUCGGUGAAACUGAAAGAAAAAGACAGUGUUGUGGAUGGAUGGAUGGUCAAUUAUUGGACAGAGUCUAGAUGGAUAUUCAAUACAGAACAACUUGACUGCAACAUAUAAUCUCAUCUACGCUUUUUGAUACGAUAUAGUAAAAUAGGGCCCUCGCCAGAUAUAAAUCGCGAAAAAGGCAAGCCAUCGGCGAAAUCAUUGUGACAGGCAAAAUGGCCGGGAAUAAAGAGCUCUGCCAUCUGAAUGCCAUUAUUAGAACUUUCCUGUAUCAUAACUUAAGCAGGUACCUCACCAGCUCUCGUCAUACCCGCAAAAGCUUUUAAUUUUUUUCAUACACAGUUUCAUAAAAAUGCCAUUUCAUUGUACAUCCAGAAUAAUUGAGCCUAUGUCUACAUAAAUGACAAACUCCACACUUCUUUUCUUUCUCAUCUAUCUCUUGACUUAAAAGUGAAAGAACGGGAUUAUUGUUUUCUGGAAACCAGGUUUUUGUCUAGCUCUUAUAUCAUGCUAUCUCAGCUCAUGCAAAAUUCACAUUGCUUGAAAGCAUUUCAAUAAAAACAAAAUGUCUCGCGGAAGCAUACUUGUUGGCUCUGUCAAUACCAGAGAAAAAAACGCAUCUGACAAACCAGAUUAAAUGUGACUUCUGCUAAUGCUGUGAUCGAUUUGUCUAAGAGCGCACUCGACAAGAUAAAAAUGCUCGAGGCCUGAUGCUUUAGAACGGACGGCUUUAUAAAAAUACCCAAUGGAUAUUUUGAUGUGCGAGGUCGUUAGAGUGAUUAGCUCUCUAGUCUCUCACUUUGCAAGAUGGAAGACGUUAUUUUUUUGUGUAAACAAGCAAUCAAAUUUGCUUGUAAACAUCCGCCCACUGGAAUGACCACGGGGGAAUUAAUGGAAAAAAAAGGUCUUCUGAAUGAGAGAACCACUGGAAAAGAGGUCUUCUUAUGGUAUUCUGAGUAUAGAAAAUAUUGCUACUUAUAGAUAUAAAUAUUUUCUUUUUUUCGUAUGUUUGUACGAAUGCAACAUUAUAUUC